GAAAAACACACACCACUCUUUCUCUCUCUCUCUCACAGUCCACCUUUCUUCUUCUCUCUUGGGUUUGGUGAACGCUAAAGGCAUUAGGGUUUAAAGCGGCGAGCAAGCUUCUGUACGGCAUCUCCAGCACAACCAGGAUCGCGAUAUCUCAUGGAUUCGUCUGACGAAGAGGGAGAGAUUCUACCUGACUACGUUGAUGAAUACUCUUUCGUCGAUCAAAGCGACAUACCUGUCAAGUUUUCUAUUCUUCCGGCCAAAUGGGACGACGACGAAGAGGAAGAGGAAGAUCCCAGACUGCCUGUGUAUCUGCGUGGCGGCACUGAUUGUGGAAACGAGUCUGUUUGUAAGCUAGCUAAAGCUUGGAGGUUUGAUCUGUGUGAUGAACGUCUCAAGGUCCAAGUGUUUCUACAUGGGAUGCGCUGGAUAACUCUACACAAACCAGCAAAGAGUUAUGAAGCUUUAGUUAGGACGACUCUGGUAACGCUUCAGUGUCUUCACUUUGUUAAAAGGAAUCCUGAGGCAUCAAGCGACCGUGUGUGGAGAAGUUUGGACAAAGUGGAUGGGAUCCAACCUUCAGAGCAUGACUUAUCAGAUCAUGUUUCUCUGGUGUGUCGAGCUAUAAAGAUGGAUCAGGAUUUAACAAAAUCAAAGUGUCUACGCAAGUUUCUGGAGAAGACUUUCCAAACAACACCUACCGAAGUGGAACUUCCAACGCAACAUCAAGAAGAUGCUCAGCUACCACAGGAACAGAAUUUCACUGCUGAUAAUAUGUUAGACGAGGAAAGCAGCAGUGAUGAUGAUUCUGAGAUGAACUUGCAGUUUGAUACAGUCUGCUCUAUCUGUGACAAUGGUGGUUAUAUUCUGUGUUGUGAAGGAAGCUGCUUGAGAGCUUUCCAUCCGACCAUAGCUGAUGGGGCUGACACAUCGUGCGAGUCACUAGGAUUCCCUGAUGGGACUCAAAUUCAUUCACUUAGGGAGUAUCUCUGUAACAACUGUCUACACAAACAGCACCAGUGCUAUGCUUGCGGCCAAUUGGGAUCUUCUGAUGAAAACUCCUCUCAAGAGGUCUUCCCUUGUUCUGCCUCAAAUUGCGGUCAUUUCUAUCAUCCAAUAUGUGUUGCAAAGCUUCUCCACGAUGGUGAUCAAAUCAAAACAGAAGAACUUCAAGCCAAGAUUUCUGCUAGAGAUCCUUUUUUCUGUCCUCUACACAUAUGCAAAGUCUGUAAGACAAGUGAAAACAAAAAUCUAUAUGCGUGCCACUUUGCUGUAUGCAGACGCUGUCCAACUGCUUACCACAGAAAAUGUUUACCUAGGGAGAUUACUUCUGAACUCAACUGUGACGAGGAAACACCUCAGAGAACCUGGGAGAAACUGCUUCCAUACAAUCGCAUUCUGAUAUACUGUUUGAACCAUGAGAUAGUAGGUAAUCUUGGUACUCCAGCUAGAGACCACUUAGUUUUUCCUGAUGUAUCUGGCCCAAGAAGAACACUAAGUCACGGUCUUGAGCCUGUCAAAGAGGAUGUUCCGAGUGUGGUGACGGGUUUUAAGCAUCAUGAAGGUAUCAAUAGAUCUAGGAAACCAAGGAUGAAUUUUAAGGUCAAUGACUAUCUUAAUAAACGGAGGAUGGAGAGCAUUGAGAAAAGGUUGUCUAAACAAGAAGUUCCUUCCGACUUUGCCGAUCCUAACGAUGUAGACGACGAGGAUGUUGAAUCGAGGGUGUUAUCAAUAAUUGACGAAGUGGACUCAUCGUUUAGUUUUGAGGAGUUUGUUAAGUCUCGUGGGGAAACCCAUGCACAAUGCUACCAGUCAAGAAAUGAUGUCGGCAAGAACAUCACAACAGGAUUGGUUGAAACUCAUGUCAAUGCCGCUCGAGCUGCGUUAAAGAUGUUUGAAGCAGGGCGGAACGAAGAUGCCAGAGCUAUAUUUGAUCCCGAUCUUCUAGUCCAACUCAUGAAGCAUAAGACGAAGCUUGAAAUUUAUCUUUCUCCUUUUCUCCACGGAAUGCGGUACACAUCCUUUGGUCGUCACUUCACAAAGCUAGAGAAGCUUGAAGAGAUAGUAGAGAGGCUCCACUCUUACGUGCAAAAUGGAGAUACAAUAGUGGACUUCUGUUGUGGCUCUAACGACUUAAGUUGUUUGAUGAAAGCAAAGCUUGAGAAAACGGGAAAAACUUGCUUCUUCAAGAACUUCGAUCUCAUUCUACCUAAGAACACUUUCAACUUUGAGAAGAGAGAUUGGUUGACUGUGAAGAAAGAAGAGUUACCUGACGGCUCUCGACUGAUAAUGGGAUUGAACCCGCCUUUCGGUUUCAAAUCCAGUCUUGCUAACACUUUCAUCCAGAAGGCCCUUGAGUUUAAACCGAAGAUUCUGAUCCUCAUCGUACCAAGUGAGACAAAAAGGGUCGAUGCGAUAGCUGAGUAUGAUUUGAUUUGGGAUGACACCAAUCUACUUUCAGGAAAGUCUUUCUACUUGCCCGGGUCCAUAGAUGUGAACAACAAAACGAUCGAGCAGUGGAACAAUAUACCGCCACCUCUGUACCUUUGGAGCCGAAGGGACUGGACUUGGAACCACAAGGCUAUAGCGCUUCAACAGGGUCACAUAACACAUAUGUAUCACUCGACUUACACAGUGGGUCUCCAUCACGCAGAGCCUCCUCCGGAUGAUGGUAUUGUACAAGAGAUGGAGAUAUCUCCUCUUGAUUAACUUAUCAGUGUGCAAGAGGAAUUCAAAACAUCACCCCAUAUCCAAAGCUUAUGAAGUUACUAUGAGAGUACUAUUCCACGUGGAUUCAUAUGAUAUAGUAUUAAGGAACCUUAAGAGACAACGGUUUGGUUUAGUAUUAUCACCUUUUUUU